AUGCCCGGCGGCGCAGUUCCCGUGGGGUCGACCGACGUCAACCGGGUCGAAGCCCCCGUUACCGUCAAAGCCUACAUGAUGUGCGCAUUCGCCGCCUUUGGUGGUAUCUUCUUCGGUUACGACUCCGGAUACAUCAGCGGUGUCAUGGGCAUGAAAUUCUUCUACCAGCAGAUCGAGGGUCCCGAUGCCACCCAGCUCUCCUCGCAGAACAAGUCUCUCAUCACUUCCAUUCUGUCCGCCGGUACUUUCUUCGGUGCGCUUGUCGCUGGUGAUAUUGCUGAUUGGUGUGGCCGACGCACAACUAUCAUCGGUGGCUGCGCCGUCUUCCUCAUUGGUGUUGCGCUACAGACUGCUUCCGCUGGACUGGGUCUCAUCGUUGCUGGUCGCCUUGUUGCCGGUUUCGGUGUCGGUGCUGUCUCGGCAAUCUUGAUUCUGUACAUGUCUGAGAUCGCACCUCGCAAGGUUCGUGGAGCUAUUGUAUCUGGAUACCAGUUCUGUGUCACUAUCGGUCUCCUGCUCGCUUCAUGUGUCGACUACGGCACCCAGGACCGCAACGACACCGGCUCUUACCGCAUUCCUAUUGGUAUCCAGAUGGCCUGGGCCCUCAUUCUCGCCACUGGUCUCUUCUUUCUCCCUGAGUCGCCCCGUUACUUCGUCAAGAAUGGCAAGCUCGACAAGGCCGCUGGAGUUCUGUCGCGUCUCCGUGGCCAGCCAAUCGAGUCCGACUACAUCCAGGAUGAGCUUGCCGAGAUCAUCGCCAACCAUGAGUACGAGAUGUCCUGCCUGCCUGCCGGCGGUUACUGGAGCACCUGGGGCAACUGCUUCCGCGGCUCACUAUGGAAGGGCUCCAGCAACCUCCGCCGAACUAUUUUGGGUACUUCGCUCCAAAUGAUGCAGCAGUGGACUGGUGUCAACUUUGUCUUCUACUUCGGAACCACCUUCUUCACGGACCUGGGUACAAUUACCAACCCAUUCCUGAUCUCGCUGGUCACCACUCUGGUCAACGUCUGCUCGACCCCUAUCUCCUUCUGGAGCAUAGAGAGGUUCGGUCGUCGUUCCCUUCUCCUCUGGGGAGCUGUGGGCAUGAUCGUCUGCCAGUUCAUUGUCGCCAUCAUCGGCACAGUCACCGACACGGCCCCUGCCACCAAGGCCAUGAUUGCCUUCAUCUGCAUCUACCUCUUCUUCUUCGCCAGCACGUGGGGUCCUGGUGCCUGGGUCCUGAUCGGAGAGAUCUACCCCCUGCCGAUGCGCGCACGUGGUGUCGCCCUGUCGACCGCCAGCAACUGGCUGUGGAACUGCAUCAUUGCCGUCAUCACCCCCUACAUGGUUGACAAGGACAAGGGAAACCUGGGACCCAAGGUCUUCUACGUCUGGGGUGGCCUGUGCACGUGUGCCUUCGUCUACACCUACUUCCUGGUUCCCGAAACCAAGGGUCUUACUCUGGAGCAAGUCGACAAGAUGCUCGAGGAGACCAACCCUCGGACUUCAGCCAAGUGGGUGCCCCACAGCACCUACGCAGCUGAGAUGGGCUUCACAGACAAGACGCCUGUGAAGAACGUCGAGGAUAUCGAGAAGCAGUCGCUGUGA